CUGGGUCAUGGAGUUAGGGAGGUGACGUAAGGUGCGAGCGUGGCUCCUGCGGCCGGGCUCACAGCGGCUUCUAACAUGUCGCUACAGAAGUGCCAGGAAGAAUGGGGAGAGCUGGAGAAAGAAUUCCAGCAGCUACAGGAAACACACAAGGUAUACAAACAGAAGCUGGAAGAAUUGAAUGGCCUUCAGAAUCUAUGCAGCAGUUAUAUUAAUAAGCAUAAGAGGCGUCUGACUGAGUUAAAAGGCAACCUUCAUGGAUAUAAACAUACCUCUAAUGUUGAAGAAAAGGAACUCGUCCAGCAAAUAAACAGCACAAUUAAAGAGAGGCACAAUGCAUUUUUCGACAUGGAAGCCUAUUUGCCAAAGAAAAAUGGUUUGUAUUUAAACCUGGUGCUUGGAAAUGUGAAUGUCACUCUCCUUAGUAAUCAAGCAAAAUUUGCUUACAAGGAUGAAUAUGAAAAAUUCAAGCUUUACUUGACUAUUAUAUUGUUACUGGGAGCUAUCACAUGUAGAUUUGUGCUUCAUUACAGGGUGACGGAUGAAGUAUUUAAUUUCUUAUUAGUCUGGUACUACUGCACUCUGACCAUUAGGGAAAGUAUCCUCAUCAGCAAUGGUUCAAGGAUAAAGGGAUGGUGGGUAUCCCAUCAUUAUGUCUCCACGUUUCUUUCGGGAGUGAUGUUAACAUGGCCAGAUGGACUCAUGUAUCAAAUAUUUCGAAAUCAGUUUCUGGCAUUUUCCAUAUAUCAAAGUUGUGUACAGUUUCUUCAAUAUUAUUAUCAGAGCGGCUGUUUAUAUCGAUUACGUGCUUUAGGAGAGAGAAAUCAUUUAGACCUCACUGUUGAGGGCUUUCAAUCAUGGAUGUGGCGAGGCCUUACAUUUCUACUUCCUUUCCUUUUUUUUGGACAUUUUUGGCAGCUGUACAAUGCAAUUACACUCUUUGGGCUGUCAAGACAUGAAGAAUGCAAAGAAUGGCAGGUGUUUGUGUUGGCUCUCACAUUUCUCCUGCUCUUCCUGGGGAACUUCCUGACAACUCUAAAAGUUGUUCACACAAAAUUUCAGAAGAACAAGCUAAAGAAGCCUUGAGCCUGGUGUAAGACUGGGGCAAAAAUAUACUGGAUGGAAUAUUUGCCCCUCCCCCAUCGUGGACUUUAGCAUGAGGGUGGGCUGGAAAGUGCAGGGGCUGUGCUUUGGGUCCCUGAUCAGGCUAUUACAGUGGGGGUUGGUAUAAUGGAUUGGAAGGUGGGUGCAUAGAUGCCGGCCAGUUUCCCUCUGGGAGAGACUUUCGUACUUGCCAUUUCUAAGCUGCUUUUUUCCCCCCUCUGGAAAGGAUACGCUCAGGCCUGCGGUACAGACCACUGUGUUCUACGGCUGCUAAUGGAAUUACUGACUCUACUACUAAUCCCCAUUAAUCAUUUUGGCCACAUUGCAUUUUGAAUCACAUAUGCAAAGGUGGGUUUCCCAAACCAGUGUGUUAUGGUUGGUACCAUGUUUAUAUGGAAGUACAGUAAGGGCACAGGCUGGAGGGAAUGAAAAAUAAAUGUUUACUACUG